AUGGAUAAAAUUAAGUUAUCUGAAGAAUUUGUUGAGUUUCAACUACUCCGUGAGGAUGACAUACCAAAACAGAUAUUGGAAAAAGGCACAGUUAAAGUUGACACUAUUGACGAGACGGGCUACCACAGAAUGGAUGUUAUUUGGCAUUAUAUUUCAUCGAUUUGAAUCGAUUAAGGCUCCUGAUGACCUGAUCACACCACUCACUUUCCUAGUUUCCUAGGCUUUCCGGCCAAGAUAGGAAUGCUAGUGCUCAUAAUUCCACAUUCCAAUGCCCAAGAAGAGCGCAUUUUCUCCAUGGUCCAAAAGAAUCAAACUGCGUUCUGGCCCAGCCUUGACCCCAAGGGUACAUUAUCAAGUACUUUGACUGUCAAACUUGCAAAUGAUGUGCCAGUAAUAAUAAUCAUAGGAAAAACCAAGAAGUUGGGCUUCUGUAUAGUCUCUAUUCUGUGGUGAAGGUUCAAAAGAGUUUAUCUUAAACUUUGGUUACAUAUUGUAUGACAUCCUCUAUCCAUCAGGUUAAACAAGAUCAACCUUUAAUGCCUAUUACGUACCUACUUGCACGAUCGAAUAUCUGGAUUUAAUAAUGGUCAUGCCCUGUAAGAUAAUCUGUAGCAAGAUGUCGACUUCACACGGCGUGCGUCUUCUUGUUGUUCUUUUAAGAAAACUCAUACUUCAUUUAAUGAUGAUUGACAUAUAAGUUUAAUUGUCCCCUUUGCAAGAACAGCAUUUUAUCAGGAGAUGAACCAAAGUGAAAAAAGAUCAUAUUUUUAGCUCUUUUAAACACGGACCAGUACUGUACUAUCUAAGACGCUAUAACAAGUUGAUACAAAGUUAUCACCCAACGAAGUUUUCAUGAGAAAGAUUUACCAAGGAUUGCGAAAGAAUUGAAACGAAACUUUUAAAAAAGUCAAUUAGCCUUUCUCACGGCCGUUUUUUUUCGCCAUUUUGGGGGUACUGCCUCUCCCACCUUUGAGAGUCUCCGCCACGAAAUGCGACUUUUUAGUAUGUCUAGAAACUUUUGAAUUGUCUAGAAUCUUUCACGAGGGCAGACAGUACCCCAAAAAUGGCGGAUUUUGGCUUUCGUGAGAAAGGCUAAUUGCCUUGAAGAUAAGUUAUGUUGGACUAAUAGAUUGUGGAUUAUGCAUCAACCUCACAAGCCAGGGUCUUUACUUCCGCACGGCGCUAUAGCAAAGAUAGCUGUAGAUUGCUGUAGCGCCGUGCGGAAGUAAAGACCCUGGCUUGCGGGGUUGGGUCUCUUUUUACACAAUUUAAAUUGUGUAUCUAACAUUUGUAUCUAUAUUUCAUGUUAAUAUACGGGACCGCAGUAAUUGGGGUAACUGUUGCGAUAUCCCUAGCUAGUACUUUUAUUGUAAUUGUAUUAUAAAUCUUAACAUCAUAAAUCUUAACUACACUGUAGCUGCUCACAACUGAGUGAUUGACGCUAUAAUUUAACAGAGGCGGAUCUACCGGUGAGGUGCAGGAGGGGGGGGGGGCGCACCUCUCCUUUAUUUGUCGAGCACCCCUUAAAGAAAACUCUAGUAUUGCAUAUAUUAAGUUUAGAUUUCCCGCUUUUUGAGUUGUACUUUUCCUAAUUUUUGCCUGAAAUACAAGUACCGUGAGGAAAAAUUUAACAAACAAAUGUAGUGCUCUGAAUGCAGAAACGGGCAUUUCAGGGCUUCAAGUUUCAAGCAUUUUCCGGGGGGGGGGGGAUCCUCGUAGUAAUGCACCGCCCUCUCUGGAAAACCUCCACCUCCUCUAACAAAUGAGAUCCGCCCCUGUCACUUAAAAGAUUGCUGACAGAAUGAAAGAAAUUAUUUAAUAUGUUUUUAGAAAUGGUUUAAUUUAAACAAAACGAAAGCGGAGUUAGGUUUAGUAAUAUUAAUGAUGUUAAUGGUGAUGGUCGUAACCAUUUAAACCAUAAAACUGUAUUAAAUAGAGAAUAAUACAUGGGUGCGCGGAAAUACCAGAUUUAUUUCGAGUGUUGAACAUGAUCGAUAUCAUGUUCAACACGAGAAAUGAAUCUGGUAUUUCCAAGCACCCAUGUAUUUUUCUGUUUAUUAUAUAAAGGACAGUCUUUGAAAAGCGAUAAUUGUUACAGAAAAGCGAUAAUUGAAAAGCGAUAAUUUUCACAUGUGAGAUUAUCAUGAAUAAUCUCACAUGUGAGAUUAUCACUUUUAUCAGUGCUCGAAAUCUCUAUAAAGGCUAAAGCACUAUACUUUAUAUAAUAAUAAGUAAUUUUAUGCAGACGUCAUUUUUCACAGGUUUCCCAGCCGUGGCGUGGUUUGCUAAAGGAGAAUAUUGAGAAAUAUUUACAACGAUUAGAAAAUGGAUUGAAAGAAACUGAUCCCAAUAAUUAUUCCGUGUAUACAGGAUCAUCUGGUAGGUUUGUGUUAGUGUUUAUGAAAAAUUUGACUUGGACUGGAUAACUCCAUCAGAACCAAACUGUAGAUGCACAGUAUAAGGGCCAUCCUAAUUCAUUUGGUGUUACUCGUAGAUAAAAUCUACUAACAGUAGAGCACCCUUUUCACAUGCAAUAUGCAGUUCAUGCGGUGUCACAACGGAUUCCGCCCCCCCCCUCCCAAAUUGUGUUCUCCCGGAUAGUAUCCGCUGGAGGAUUGUGUCCCCCUCGCGUAUUCUGUCCCCCUCACAAACUAUGCGAUUACGUUCAUAGAAUGAGACAUUUUAGGAAAGUGGUGUGGACAACGCUUUUUUAAGUUUUUCGUAGUAUUGUUUUUUUUUAACUUGGAAACUUGGAAUGCUUGUAAUUAAAAUCAAUUCUGUUUAGAACAGAGGCAUUUUAAUUUAUUCAAUCCUUUUUAUUAUUGUAUUAAUCCUACUGUUAUUGAAAACAAAGUCAAAUGAAUGCCUUGGAAAUUUAAUUAGGCGUUAUAGAAUCUACACAAUUCAUAAUGAGACUAAAAAUAUCAGUUGCGUAUAUUCAUAUGGUCAAUCAUUAGACACAAUGUAUUUGGAAAGGUCCGUUCACUUGCAUGCAUGGGCGAUUUGUUGUUUCCGAUUUUCUAUUCCUCGUCUAUGUGAUUGAGUGUAUUCAUUCACAAAUAUAUAAGGGAAGGUCUGAUACUUAUAUAUAUAGCUACCUGAUGUCUUAAGAAAAAAUAUGGGAUUUAGUAAAUACUAUUUUCCUCUCAACUGGCUGUAUUCGUCAGUUAACAAUAGACCAGAGACAAUAGACAUAGUCGACUUGAUGUAUCGGCUUCAAAAAUAUACCAACGUGAUUUCCCGACUUCUGAUCCACUACUGGUCAGUGAGCUUCUAUGUGUGAAUAUUUCUAUAAAUAUAAAACAAAAAGGGGGAAAGAAAAUUCUUGAAAGCCCAGGACCAAAACUAAUACUACAAGACGUCACUUUUAUGUUUUCUCUAUCAUGCAGGUAUAGCUCUACUCUACUACCAUCUGUCAUCAACGACAUUCUGUCAGAAUACAAGUGAACAACAGCAACUGUUGUCCAAAGCAUUAGACGUUUUGGAAAGUAAUUUGGACAAGGUGAAAGGAAAGCGCCUGACCUUUCUUUGUGGCGAUGCAGGUACUCCCAUCAACCUCGUUCCCAGGCUCUUCCCUCUCAACAAGAGGGAAGAGCCUGGGAACGAGGUUGGUACUCCCAUUUAACAAAAACGCAAAGAAAAUGCGGUAUAUAGAUACAAAGAGGUAGUUCCACGAGACCGGGACGAAAAUCGAAAUUUUCAGUAUGUUCACAUGAGACUGGUACGAAAAUCACAAAUUUUUCAGUUUAUUCCCCUUGCCCGCCACUUUUUUUAAAGUGCUUUUGUGAACAUGCAUUGUUUCGGAGCCAAGAGGACAGCAAAUAGACCGGUUUGAAAUGCGUUGCAUGUGUUUGCAUUCAUCCCGCUCCGAAUUCCUCCCGGUCCAACGAGCGGGUUGGGCAGACAUGCAGGUCUGAGCAAUUUUCCGUCCCUGGGGGUGGCCUCACGUAAACAUCUAUUAUAAAUAAUACUAUGAUCCAAUCGCAGCCUGGCCUCAACGCAAAUGGGCCAACAACGUACUACAAUAGACCUUUUUUAUAAUGACGUCAAACGCGGAAAAACCAAAUGCGAUGUCCCAUGCAAGCAAGGGACAAUUUUUAGCGACAAAUCGCAAUGCAAAUUGUGAAAUGUAAAAUUUUUAAGAAAUGUAUUCCGCGUUUGACGUCAUUAUAAGAAAGGUCUAUUAAUUAAGCUCCCUUUGUGUGCAUGGGUUUGAAUAGACCUUACCGAUUAUUCUCUUUUACCCAAUUGCCUCGUUUCCAUGUUAACUUAUUUUAGCAUGUCAGAGGCAGAUAAAGAUUAUAUUCCCAUGUUUUCCUGGACGAAUUUGUUUCUUGCUGUUCUUAGGCUCAAUAAAAAAGUAAUUUUCAACUCUACUAAGUACAAAACAUGAGUAAGUAUUUGACACGAAAACGAGGCCAUUGGGUGAAAAGUGAAUAAACGGUAAGGUCUAUUACCUGAAAAGAUUGUAAAUACUUCAAGGAUUCUAGCAAAAUACCAUUUGCCAGAAGGUUAGCUUGCUUUUUACUCGAACUGUGGGUUUUUUAAUUUUCAAAUAGUUCAGUUACCAAUAUAAAAACUGGUAAAUCCAGGACAAUUGUUAAUAUGGAAAACUAAAGUACUGACUGCGUGUAUAACUGCUUGUAUGUAGUGUAUGUUUCACAAUUAACUCUCAUCAAACAUUAAGCUGAGUUGUAGCAAUAUUUUGUUCAGGUGUAUACGCUCUAUCAGCUGUAUUGUACUCAAAACAUGGAGAUAUGAAGAAAUGUGAAAAAUGUGUUGAAAAACUUUGUGCAAUGUGUGAAAGCGUCGUAUCAGAUCCGUCACUACCAGAUGAGAUAUUGUACGGAAGAGCUGGUUUCUUGUACUCUCUCUUGUUUAUUCAAACUCACUUGGGAAAAGAAAAGGUUUCUGAUGCCAUUAUCGAACAGGUGAGUAUAGUGAAUGAAUUCACAUUGAUUCACAUUAGCCAUUAAUAAUUCCUGACUAAUUCUGUAUUCUAAAAACUCACUCACACUCAAAGAGUCGAGGUUUAAUCUGAGCUUCCCGCCUUCCUUUGAGUGUCAUUGUUGUCUUUGAAUAGCUGGAGGGUGAGUAGUUCCAUAGUAAGGUACGACACUAACCCUCCAGCUGUUCAAAAACAGCACUGACACUCAAGGGAAACUCUGAUUGAACCUCCACUCUUUUAGUGUGAGUGAGCUUUUAGAAUACAAGCGUAAUAAGACAAAGAUAUGGCGGCCAUGUUGGAGGAAAACACGUUCCUCCAACAUGACAACCAUGACGUCAAGUGAAUGCAAACCAUGAAUAGAAAGGCAAAUUAAUUAGGUCUAUAUUAAUAUAGACCUAAUUCUCAGGUACAUUAAUGCGCGGUCAACUAAGCGCGACGAGGGGCUCUGGCCAAAUCCAUAUCAAACUGGCAUCUGAUUGGCUACAACGAAGGUUAUUGUUCUAAUACCGGAUAUAUUCUAUUACCAUGUUUUUAUGGUAUCCGGUUAUGGAUUUGGCCAGAGCCCCUCGUUGCACCGCGCGUAAGAAGGGCUCUGGGUACGAGAAUGAGGUUUAGAGAUACAACAAAGCUUUUUUAAACCUCGUUCCCAGGCUCUUCCCUCUUUAGGAGGAAAGACCUUGGUAAUAGCUGGUCACGUGGCUCCCAGAAAAUUGAUUGCCUAAGGGUGUGUGGAAAAAGUAUCAUAUUACAUGCUUCCACUUCCGCACUUUACACUUCGAUCUUCGAGUGAGUGUUCUGCGGUUCUGUACAGUCAACUUUGAGAAUCACAUACACGUCAAAAUACUUGCUAAGUUUGAUUUCUGUUUGCUCUUAAAUUAUAAAAAUAUGCUAAACAGAUUUUUAUAGCAACAAGUCAGGAAAUCAAGCAAUAUAAACGUAUGAUCAUAUGCUCUAUUGUAUGCUCUAUUGUUCUUAUGUUCUCUCGGGGUUUGCCGCUUGGGCGCACUUAAAGGCACUUUCAUUUCACACGUUCUACUCUGCCUUUGGUUCACAUAUUUACAAUCUUAUAAUAUGUCACUAAAUUGUUGUUAUCUGGAAACGGUAUAUAGUAAACUUUGCAUUUAUUUACUUGUUAAUUUCAACAGGUCUCAAGAGCGACUGCAUGUUUAUAGGUCGUGGCGCCUUUGAGAUAUUUCGGCAAAGGUUACACAUUUGACACUAGCCAAAUACUCAAAUGACAUUGAAUGUCCAUUUUAUUCAUUCUAAAACUGUUUAUAGACUGUUUAUAUGCUACUGAUUUUAUUAAAAAAUAUUGAUAGUUUAUAUUAAACACCAACCUGGGAACGAGGUUGAGCUUUUUUGACUUGAUCGUGAACAUUAAUUGAAAACAUAAAUAAGAUUGGUUUUUCUUUACGAAUUUCGUCGCCAUUAGUUAAUCAUGUUAUCCAGUUCCCUUUCUUUUUCUGUUGUUGUUGACUCGGGACAUGUUUCAUAUACUUUAUAACUAUACAGGUUGUUACAGCCAUAUUAAAAUCUGGACUUUCUCUCUCGCGGAAAGAGCGUAGUCGAAGUGCAUUAAUGUAUGUUUGGCAUGAUAAACAUUAUGUUGGAGCAGCUCAUGGUAUUGUUGGAAUAUUGUAUAUGUUACUACAAGUGAGUAAUUUCUUUUUAUAAGUAUCUAAUUUUGUUAUUAGAUUUGUGUUGUUGUAUAGUAUUACCAUAGUUCAUGGGGCCGCUGUAAUUGGUGAAAACUGUUGCGUGCACCCUGCCAAUGGAGCACAUAUUAUAUGUUGUUGUAAAUCACUACUGUUAAAGGUUGCAUGUUACUUGGCAAAGUUAAAUAAGUAAAUAAUCUGCGUAAAUAUAUGUGGCUUUGUAGAUUUGCUAUGUAAACUAUCCUUCUUGACGAAGGGCCUUCGCUCGAAACGUCGAGUUUCUGCUUAUUUUUUAAGGUAGUAAUAUAACCACUCAGCACAGCAUUUUCACAUUGGUACUACCUACACUGGUACAGACAGUUUUAGUAUAUAUUGUCAUUCAAAAAACUUAAACCCUCAACAUUGAGCGCGCAAGGUAUGAUGGAUAUUGCUUAUUUGAAGCCUAACACUGGACAUUAAAAGUGUUCAGUAUAUAUGUCCUAACAUUAUUGCAAAGUAAAUACCUUGCGCACUCAAUGUUUAAGAUUUAAGAAUUUCGAAUAAGUAUAUCAGUACAAUACUGUAAUUAAUUUUAGAUAUAAGUUUUUAAUGGUAACUCAACAUUGAACCUUUAGAAAUUAAAUUUGUUUGCAGGUUUACCCAAGUAGUCCUGUGGUAACUCAACAUAUAACCGAGAUUCAGAACACUAUCGACUAUCUUCUCACCAAACAGUUCUCAUCAGGAAAUUUCCCAUCAUCCUUAGAGAAUGAAUCUGACAGGCUGAUUCACUGGUGCCAUGGCGCUCCAGGAGCUGUAUUUUUGAUGCUAAAAGCUUAUCAGGUUAUCAUAGUUAGCAUUCCAUGUAGUCUCACUCAGUUCUAUAGUUAAUGCCGUAUAUUUGCUUACUGUAUAGUUAUUCCGUAGAUUAUACUUUUACGUUGUCUAAGGUCAAGUAUAAAGUUUGCAGGACUUUGGAUUUACAGUAUGUAUAUACACCUGAUUUUACUACAUACUCUAUCACCAAUGAAAGAGCACGCCAACAUGUCAUUUAGAAUCCUCUAACCAUGCAGCAUGGACGGUCAUGGCGAAUAAAACACAGACCAUUUCCCCUGUGAUGGGUUUGGAUUUAUAUACCCUGGGAAACGUUUUUUAAGUUCCAAACUACGACUCAACUUACUUUGCAAUUUGUAUCUAACUUUUAUAAUGGUACAUUUAGGUUAGUUUUACAAAGAUAUUUGAUUUGUGAAGCUUGCAGAGUAUACUAUAUGGCAUCCGAGAACUGUUCCUUGAUUGGAAAACAUAAAUUGAAUUGAAUCCGGUAUCAGGGACAAAUGAAUAAUAAAUCAUUUACGAGACAUUAACCAAAUCUAUACCUAAUCUGUAUAGGUGUUUGAAGAGAGGAGAUAUCUGGAUGUUGCUAUAUCAUGUGGUAAUGUUGUUUGGAAACGAGGCUUAUUAAGAAAGGGUUAUGGUAUAUGUCAUGGUGUUUCUGGCAAUGCUUAUACUUUCUUAGCUUUAUAUAAACAAACUGGCGAUCAAGUUGAUCUGCAUCGAGCAUUUAAGGUAAAUGAAUCUUUGAUAAAGAAUUUCUAAUGGUCUAGAUCAGUUUCACAAUGUUUUGUUAAAUAUAAAGCUUCUUUCUUUUCUUUUUUUAUUUACAAAUAAUCCUCCACCAAUCACAUUUAAGAUCAGUUUCUGGACUGCUUAUUACAAUAUGAAUCACUAACUUGAAGUUCGGUGUUCUACAACAAAUUUUACUGGUUCACUAACUCCUUCGUUCAUGCACUAAUCAUGUCGUGUCUCCUAAUUGUUUUGGGGUAUUUCCAAUUAAUAAGACACUUCUGUCGACUUGAUGAUUGUCAGGAGAGUGGCCUAUGUAUAUAUGGGAAUUAACGUUACCCCUGAGUUAUUAACCCAUCCAUUAUUCUGUCUAGUAUUAUUUAAUUUAAUUUGUUCUGUUCUGUUCUAUUUCAUAGUCCAUGGUUGUUUGGAGAAUAAUUGUUAAAAUAUUAAACAACUUUUUAAUUGCAUUUAAUUGUGAUUCAAUAUUUGUAUAGUUUGCUGAGUGGACAUUUUCUUAUGGUGAACAUAACUGUCGAACACCAGAUACUCCCUAUUCAUUAUUUGAAGGUAAAGUUUUAUAGAUUCUUUAAAAUAUAAUGAUCAAUCGUCAUUGUGCCAUUUUUGAUGAUGUAAAUUAAAUAAUUUAUUAACUUUUUCAUAGGGCUUGCUGGGACCAUUUAUUUUUGGUCGGAUCUUUUUGAGCCUCAGAAAUCUCGCUUUCCAGCUUUUGAAAUGUAAUGAUUUCAUUGUGGGCUGAUGACCAAACAUAAUCAUUAGAAAACGUACAGUGGGUCCCAGCCUUUAUUCCAUCUCUACCCUCCCCCUGUUACCUUUCCACAAUACUAUAUUGUAGAAGUAUAAACCAUGCUAUACUUAAUAGGCCUAUAUGAGAACACAUUUGUAUAUUAAUGUGAACUAUAUAUAAUUUCAGCAAAGCUGCAUUUCGUUUGUCAGAAAUUGUAGUUUUGCCUGCACAGAUUAUAUUUGUGGCUUAAUUAAAGACAAAUCAAUUUAUAUACACAAUAUUAUCUUGGAACGUACAUAAAUCUCAAAAAUAUUUUGCCGUGUUUUCGCUCAUAAUUAUUUUACAGUUUAUUGGAAUAAUUUAUUGCUAUUUUUCGCGCUUUAAUUUUCGGUGAUCCCCAGCAUCGGAUUCUUAAUAAAUUCAACAUAACAAUAUUCAGAGAUAAAACACGGUGCUGCGUCAAUUUCAAAUAGAAGAAUCGUGUUGUUAAAAUCUGGAUUUCCAUUCAGUGAAUUGGCAGGAACAUAUAACGUUUGUUGCGGUCCCCUUGCUGGCCAGUAUCGUCCAACGUUAAAUCUGUUUACAAAUGCUUGACCCUUAAAAUAAAAGAAAAAGAAACUUAUUUAACUUAAAUAAAAG